CCUGCGUACUGCCGUCGCAGGGCCGAGGUCGGGCAGCGAGACCCUCUCAAGCUCCUCAAACCCCGCGAGAUUUCCUUGCGAGCUCCACUGCGGGGUUAUUUUAUACCGAAAUCUUGUGAGACUACCGUGCAAACAAGGCAAUGAUUGUACAAAGAGUGGUACUGAAUUCCCGACCUGGAAAAAAUGGUAAUCCAGUGGCGGAGAAUUUCCAAGUAGAAGAAGUAAACUUACCAGAUAAUAUCAAUGAAGGACAAGUGCAAGUCAGAACUCUUUAUCUUUCUGUGGAUCCUUACAUGCGUUGUAGAAUGAAUGAAGACACUGGCACUGAUUAUAUAAUGCCUUGGCAGCUGUCUCAAGUGGUUGAUGGUGGAGGUGUUGGGAUUAUAGAAGAAAGCAAACACAAAAAUUUUACUAAAGGCGAUUUUGUGACUUGUUUCAAUUGGCCCUGGCAAACCAAGGUUAUUCUGGAUGGAAAUAGCCUUGAAAAGGUAGAUCCGCAACUUGUGGAUGGACACCUUUCAUACUUUCUUGGAGCUAUAGGUAUGCCUGGUUUGACUUCCUUGAUUGGGGUACAGGAAAAAGGUCAUAUAACUGCUGGAUCUAAUCAGACAAUGGUUGUUAGUGGGGCUGCUGGUGCCUGUGGAUCCUUGGCUGGGCAGAUUGGCCAUUUGAUGGGCUGUUCCAGAGUAGUGGGAAUUUGUGGAACACAUGAGAAGUGCCUCUUUUUGACCUCAGAACUCGGCUUUGAUGCUGCAAUUAAUUAUAAAAAGGAGAAUGUGGCAGAACGACUCCGUGAAUUAUGCCCAGCUGGAGUGGAUGUUUACUUUGACAACGUUGGCGGUGACAUCAGCGAUACAGUGAUUAGUCAGAUGAACCAGAACAGCCACAUCAUCCUGUGUGGUCAAAUUUCUCAGUACAACAAAGAUGUGCCUUAUCCUCCUCCACUACCCCCUGCUGUAGAAGCAAUCAGGAAAGAAAAAAACAUCACAAGAGAAAGAUUUCUGGUGUUCAAUUAUAAGGACAAAUUUGAGUCUGGUAUUCUACAGCUGAGUCAAUGGUUUAAAGAAGGAAAACUAAAGAUCAAAGAGACUAUGAUAAAUGGAUUGGAAAACAUGGGAGCUGCAUUCCAGUCCAUGAUGACAGGAGGUAACACUGGAAAGCAGAUAGUUUGCAUUUCAGAAGAAACCUCUUUGAAAUCUCUAUAACGAUCUUCAUCAAGGAAAUACACAGAUUUCUUUCCACUUUGCACAAAGAUUUUCAAGAUGCAUUAUAAAAAAAACCUUAGGGUACAAAUAGCUUUUGAUUUAAAUGUGACCAUAGGUGAUGUUUUCUUAGUUGCAUUAUUCUUUCCUAUAUUUUCAAUAUCAUAUAUGCACUCUACAUCCAACAUAUGAUUAUUUAAAACAAUAGAUUGAAGUCAACAUGAUCUGUUUUUCUUUCUUGUGCUAAAACUAAUAUUACAUAUGAUAUUUUUAUCAGAUAUUCUGAAACCACUGGAGAUUUGACACAACUGUUAAUGGAUCAUACAAAACAGAUUUUUAAAAUUAAUAACUUUUUUUUAAUAAUUUUAUUUAUUUAUUUUUUUCCCCCAAAGCCCCAGUAGAUAGUUGUAUGUCAUAGCUGCACAUCCUUCUAGUUGCUGUAUGUGGGACGUGGCCUCAGCAUGGCCGUAGAAGCGGUGCGUCGGUGCGCGCCCUGGAUCGAACCCCAGGCCGCCAGCAGCGGAGCGCGCGCACUUAACCGCUAAGCCACGGGGCCGGCCCUAAAAUUAAUAACUUUGAUUUAAAGUAAUGCUUGAGAAGGCACUUAGUAAAUAUUUGUUGAGCUAGAAAUGCUUUACAUAAUUCUUGAACUGAAACUUGGCAUAAUAAUAGAAUUGGCAUGGCUUUUCCAUAUUGUAGAUGGAAAAGGAACUUAAUGGCAGGGUGUGUGUGUAAGAGUUUGGGGGUAUUCAGAGCUUGUGGAACAGUUUUUAAGAUAGGAGAACAGAGGUUUUGUGUUGGGAGUAGUAUGAGAAGGUAAGUAACUGAGGUCUGUUGGGUUGAUGGAGAGACUAGAUUAACACAGAUAUCUAUUUGUGUUUUGCCAAAUAGUUUACUGUAUAGCCUAAAAACUCACAUAUAUAUUGAUAAAAGCAUAUGUUUAUUUUAGGUUAGCAGGCACAUAACUGUCAAAUAGUUGUAAAGAUUUCAAGGGCAAAUUAUAGAUAUAAACAUCACUUGGAGUUUUAGGUGAUUAAAAAGAUUUAGACAACAAAGAUAGCUUCAGAAAAUGACAGGACUGACUGGGCAAAUUAACAAAUGGUUGUAAACAUGAAUGUUCAAGGCCUACUAAUGUACCUCUAAAUGAAAGUUUGUUUUAUUAAUUGUAAUCAACCUUUUAGCACAGUAAAAUUGAGGAUAUUAUUCUGAGUGUUGUGCUGGUUUAUGGUCACCUGUUUACACACUGCAAUAUAUUUCUGUCUGCAACAUUCGGAGAAAGUAGAUUCAAAUUGUGGUAGUAAUUAGUGACUCCAGUUGACUUCAGUGGCCUGUUUUUCUUGUUUUAUAUACUUU